UCUGUCUCCGUUUCCUAUUUUCAGGGAAAAAAACAAAAAAACACAAAUCUUGAGCCGAAUCACUCUUUUGCACCUUCCAUUCACACUUCACUGUCUCCGACCUCUCCCUCCACAAUUAUCCGUUAUUUUUCUCUCUACCAUAGCUCUAAAUCAAGAUUCAAGAUUCGGAACAUGAGCAGUUCGAUAGGGCACAACUUGCCUCACCAGAGUUUCCUCGCUCCGACGGCGCUGGAGCACCAAAUUAUUAAGAUCAACCCUUGUUGCAUUUCCGGGCGAAAUAAUUUAUUUCAAGCUCAAGCGUAUUCGCGGUUACGAAAGUCGCCUACUGGUACCAAAUUCUGGGGCAAUUCUCUGAAUGUGGGGAGAGUCAAGUUGCCGAUGGGAACGCAUCGAGUUGGUUCUGUUUUUCCGCGAGCUGUGUUAGCCACUGAUCCGGCUUCUGAGCAACUUACAGGAAAGUUCAACCUUGAAGGAAAUAUUACAUUGCAGGUGGACGUUAGAGCUCCUACUCCAGGUUCUACAUCACAAAUAAAUAUCCAGGUUACAAAUGGUAGUGGCCCCUUACUUUUACACUGGGGUGCAAUACAAAAUAUCAAUGAGAAGUGGGUACUUCCCACUCGUCAUCCUGAGGGAACUAAAGUAUUUAAGAACCAAGCUCUUAGAACUCCUUUUGUGAAAACUGGCUCGGACUCCUUCCUGAAAUUAGAGAUUGAUGAUCCCUCAAUACAAGCUAUAGAGUUUGUUAUAUUUGAUGAACAACACAAUAAGUGGUUCAAAAAUGAUGGUGGGAAUUUCCAUGUUAAGUUGCCGGUGAGAAACAAGUUGAUUCAACCUAUUUCAGUUCCUGAAGAUCUUGUACAGAUUCAAGCAUACAUAAGAUGGGAGAGGAAGGGUAAACCAAUGUACACUCCUGAACAAGAGAAGGAGGAAUAUGAAGCAGCUCGACAAGAGUUAAUGGAGGAAGUUGCAAGGGGCACCUCCAUUCAGGACCUUCGAGUAAGGCUAACAAACAAAAACAAUACAAGUGAAAGUAAGGAGCGGCUUCUUUCUGAAACAAAGAGCCAAAUAACUGAAGAUCUUGUUCAAAUUCAAGCUUAUAUAAGAUGGGAGAAAGCAGGAAAACCUAAUUAUUCCCCGGAUCAGCAACUUAAAGAAUUUGAAGAAGCAAGAAAAGAGUUGCAAAUUGAACUAGAUAAUGGUACUUCUAUCGAUGGAAUACGGAAGAAGAUUACAAAAGGAGAGAUACAAACUAAGGUUACAAAGCAACGAGAAAAGAAGAAGUAUUUUACUGUUGAAAGGAUUCAGCGCAAGAAGCGGGAUUUAAUGGAGCUUCUCAAUAAGCACUCGAGUGGACUUGUGGAGGAAAAGAUCUCACCCGUCUCAGUCAAACCAAAAGUCUUGUCUACGAUUGAGCGUUUUGCCCAGGAAAAGCAAGAACAAGGUGGUGGUCCUAUUACAAACAAGAAAAUUUUCAGGCUUGCUGAUAAGGAACUUCUGGUACUUGUGAUGAAGACUGCUGGUAAGACAAAAGUUCAAUUGGCUACAGAUAUAAAAGAGCCAGUUACCCUUCACUGGGCUUUAUCGAAACAACCCGGAGAAUGGCUAGUGCCACCUCCAACUAUCUUGCCCCCUGGUUCUGCCUCCCUAGACAAAGCCUGUGAAACACAAUUUGUAAGCAUUUCCGACGAUCAAACUUGCAAGGUCCAAUCCUUAGAAAUUGAAAUUGAAGAUGAUGGUUUUGUGGGGAUGCCAUUUGUCCUCUUAUCUGAUGGGAAGUGGAUAAAAAAUGACCGUUCAGACUUUUAUGUUGAAUUCAGUGCUGAACCCAAGCAGGCCCAGAAGGAUGCUGGUGAUGGCCGAGGUACUGCAAAGAAAUUGUUGGAUAAAAUAGCCGAAAGGGAAAGUGAGGCACAAAAAUCCUUUAUGCACCGAUUCAAUAUCGCAGCGGACUUGGUAGAUGAAGCCAAAGAUGCUGGUGAACUUGGCUUUGCUGGAAUUCUGGUGUGGAUGAGGUUUAUGGCUACAAGGCAGCUCAUAUGGAAUAAAAACUACAAUGUGAAGCCACGAGAAAUAAGUAGAGCUCAGGAUAGACUUACAGACCUGCUCCAGAGGGUUUAUGGCACUCAUCCACAACAUCGGGAGCUUUUGCGAAUGAUUUUGUCUACUGUUGGCCGUGGAGGCGAAGGGGAUGUGGGGCAGAGAAUCCGAGAUGAAAUUCUGGUUAUCCAGAGAAAUAACGAUUGCAAAGGUGGAAUGAUGGAGGAAUGGCAUCAGAAGCUACAUAAUAAUACAAGCCCGGAUGAUGUUGUCAUAUGCCAGGCACUAAUUGAUUAUAUCAAAAGUGACUUUGACGUCAGUGUUUAUUGGAAAACCCUUAAGAAGAACGGAAUAACAAAAGAACGCCUUCUGAGUUAUGAUCGUGGAAUCCAUUCUGAACCAAAAUUCAGAAGGGAUCAAAAGGACAGUCUUUUGCGUGAUCUAGGAAAUUACAUGAGAACAUUGAAGGCAGUUCAUUCAGGUGCAGAUUUGGAGUCUGCUAUUUCGAAUUGCAUGGGCUACAGGGCUGAGGGACAAGGCUUCAUGGUAGGGGUACAGAUAAAUCCUAUAUCAGGCUUGCCAUCUGGGUUUCCGGAAUUGCUCCAAUUUGUGCUAGAACAUGUUGAAGACAAAAAUGUAGAAGCCCUUCUUGAGGGAUUGCUAGAAGCCCGCGAAGAAAUUAGGCCAUUGCUUUUUAAACCAAAUGAUCGUCUUAGGGAUCUUCUGUUUUUGGACAUUGCACUUGAUUCUAGUAUCAGAACAGCAGUUGAAAGGGGGUAUGAGGAGUUGAAUAGAGCUAAACCAGAGAAAAUUAUAUAUUUCAUCACUCUUGUUCUUGAAAACCUUGCACUUUCUUCAGAUGAGAACGAGGAUCUCCUCUAUUGCUUAAAGGGAUGGAAUCAAGCUCUGAGCAUGUUAAAGAAUGGGGAAAGUCAUUGGGCAUUGCAUGCAAAAUCAGUGCUUGACAGAAGCCGACUUGCACUUGCAAACAAGGCAGAGUGGUACCAUCAUUUAUUGCAACCAUCUGCUCAGUAUCUUGGAUCACGGCUUGGAGUGGAUCAAUGGGCUGUGAAUAUCUUCACAGAAGAAAUUAUUCGUGCUGGAUCAGCCGCUUCCCUAUCCUCGCUUCUUAAUCGACUUGAUCCUAUUCUUCGUGAAACUGCUAAUUUGGGAAGUUGGCAGGUUAUCAGUCCUGUUGAAGCUGUUGGAUAUGUAGUAGUUGUAGAUGAGUUGCUUGCUGUCCAGAAUAAAUCAUACGCACGACCUACAAUUUUGGUGGCUAAAUCUGUAAAAGGAGAGGAGGAAAUUCCAGAUGGUGCAGUUGCCGUGCUGACCCCUGACAUGCCAGAUGUCCUAUCUCAUGUUUCUGUGCGAGCAAGAAAUUGCAAGGUCUGCUUUGCUACAUGCUUUGAUCCCAAUAUCUUGGCUGACCUUCAAGCAAAUGAAGGGAAGCUGUUGCAACUAAAACCAACAUCUGCAGAUGUAGUGUAUAGCAAGGUGGAGGGUAACUUAACAAGUUCAAGUUCAGCUAACUUCAAAGAAGGCCCUUUGCCCUCUUUAAAACUGGUCAGAAAGAAGUUUGGUGGUAAAUACGCCAUAUCAUCGGAGGAGUUCACGAAUGAAAUGGUUGGAGCUAAGUCACGUAAUAUCGCAUAUCUAAAAGGAAAAGUGCCAUCUUGGGUUGGGAUUCCUACCUCAGUUGCUCUACCGUUUGGAGUUUUCGAGAAAGUUCUUUCAGAUGAUUUAAAUCAGAAAGUGGCAGAAAAGUUGCAGUUCUUGAAGAAGAAGUUAGAAGGAGAUGUCAGUGCCCUCGGGGAGAUCCGUAAGACAGUCUUGGAGCUUGUGGCACCAUCCCAGUUGGUACAAGAACUGAAAAACAAGAUGCAGAGUUCUGGCAUGCCUUGGCCUGGAGAUGAAGGUCAGCAGAGAUGGGAGCAAGCAUGGGUGGCUAUAAAGAAAGUGUGGGCUUCAAAGUGGAAUGAGAGAGCAUACUUAAGUACAAGAAAAGUGAAGUUAGAUCACGACUACCUUUGCAUGGCUGUCCUGGUUCAGGAAAUCAUAAAUGCUGAUUAUGCAUUUGUCAUCCACACUACAAAUCCAUCUUCAGAAGACUCAUCAGAGAUAUAUGUUGAGGUGGUGAAGGGCCUUGGGGAAACAUUAGUUGGAGCCUAUCCAGGUCGUGCUUUGAGUUUUGUGUGCAAGAAGAGUGAUCUCAACUCUCCUCAAGUAUUGGGUUACCCGAGCAAACCCAUUGGCCUUUUCAUAAGACGGUCAAUCAUCUUCCGGUCUGAUUCCAAUGGUGAAGAUCUUGAAGGUUAUGCUGGAGCGGGACUUUACGAUAGCGUCCCAAUGGAUGAAGAAGAAAAAGUUGUGCUUGAUUAUUCGUCAGACCCAUUGAUAAUGGAUGCUAAGUUUCGGCAAUCAAUCCUCUCAAGCAUUGCCCGUGCUGGAAGUGCAAUUGAGGAGCUAUAUGGAUCUCCUCAGGACAUCGAAGGUGUCGUCAGAGAUGGGAAAAUCUACGUUGUCCAAACAAGACCUCAGAUGUAACUCUGAUUCUUCUCUAUUUCUACACUAUUUUCACAAAUAACGUAGGGGAAAGUUACCCGAAUACCGUAGUCACAGGAGAUAAAGAAAGAAGAAAAAUGAGAGAGAGAGAGAGAGAGAGAGAGAGAGAGAGAGAGAGAGAGAGAGAGAGAGACGAAUAGCCAAAUGAGAAAUGAGAACAUAGUUGACAGUUGAAUAACUGGAUGAGAUAACACCCACUCCCUUUGAGAGUGUGUGUGUGAGUGUUUGUAUGCGGUUGUAUUAUUGAUGAACUUAAUUCGUAAAAUGUGUUUUCAAA